CGUCCCCGAGCGCACACGGCGUAGAGGAGAGUACGGCGCACGAGUCUCUGGAAGGGAGAUAACGGUUUCUUUUUUUGCCCCCUCUCCACUUAAACAACAAGAACAAACCAAAACAGAAUUUUUUUAGGGGGGUUUACAGAGUCUUCUAAUCACAAGGAGGAGGGAAGCGAGGGAUUUGAUCCGCAAGUUUUUUUUUUUCUUUUACGUUUUUUUUUCUCCUUUUCCUAAAAGAGGAUUCUGUGUUUUGACGGUGGUUUGUUCUCCGCUCGCGCCGCAAAGAUGAUGGUCGGAGAGGUCGAAGUGAAGGAGCGACCGAGGCCGAGUCCCGACUAUUUGAUGCAAUUAUUAAACGAGAAGAAGCUUAUGACCAGUCUGCCAAAUCUCUGCGGCAUCUUCACACACCUUGAGAGGCUUCUCGAUGAAGAGAUCAACAGAGUGCGUAAAGACAUGUACAGCGACACAGUGAAUGGCCUUGUGGACAAACACCCACUGGAGCUGCCUGAGCCAGUCGGACCCAUCGUCCACCAGCAGGAAAAGCUGUUUGUGCCUGUUAAAGAGUACCCAGAUUAUAACUUUGUCGGGAGAAUUCUUGGCCCUCGGGGACUCACAGCCAAACAGUUGGAAGCAGAAACAGGAUGCAAAAUCAUGGUGCGAGGCAAGAGUUCCAUGAGGGACAAAAAGAAGGAAGAACAGAACAGAGGGAAGCCAAACUGGGAACACCUAAACGAAGACCUUCAUGUCCUGAUCACAGUGGAAGACACGCAGGCCAGAGCCGAGAUCAAGAUGAGGAGAGCAGUGGAGGAGGUCAAGAAGCUCCUCGUACCUGCUGCGGAGGGAGAAGACAACUUGAAGAAGAUGCAGCUCAUGGAGCUAGCCAUUCUAAAUGGGACAUACAGAGACAACAACAUCAAAACACCCCCCCUUGCGUUCUCUCUUGCAGCGGCAGCAGCAGCCGCUCAGGGCCCCCGUCUUAUAGCGGCCCCCACAGGUCAGGUGCUGCCUCCCCCGGCGCUCCGACCCCCAACACCAGCCGGGGCACCCCUCAUGAACCUCAUCAGGCCCACUCAGAUGGCUGCCAUGCUGCCCAACGGCACCCCCACCCUGGUGCCUCCCACACCGGAUGGCGGGCUUAUCUACACCGCCCCUUACGAGUACCCUUACGCCCUGGCACCCACCUCCCUGCUGGAGUACCCCAUCGAACACAGUGGGGUUCUAGGUAAGAGAGCCUGGGGGAGCAUGGGCACACCGGCCAACUUUAGCCAGCCUGGACAGGAGGGCAGCUUGUUUUACCCCGGAGCCGGGGUGAUGGACGCGGCUUCCAUGAGCCACAGUCAGGACUUUUUGAAAGGUGCAAUGGCUACUAAAGUGAGACGGCAUGACACGCGGGUCCAUCCUUACCAAAGGAUUGUGACCGCUGACAGAGGUCAGUUUAGUCUCUUAGCUACACUCUGCUCUUGACUGAUGCAUUUCAUUGAUUAUUAAUGCCUACAGUAUUAUGCCUCGAUGCCUUAGUUGGGAAUUUGUAUAUUGUCUGUAUUGUAUUUUUUUGUUUUAUUCCCCCACCACCUUUUCUUACCCAUACAUCCACACACCAGCUAAAUGGUUGAUUGUGGUAUGCACAUUUUGUUUACAUGUUGACAUAUACAGUAUAUCUAGACUGUGUAUAAUUCCAAGCUCAGGCAAAAGUGAUUGAACAGCUUUUUUAUGGAGCCCAUUUCCUGCAAAAACCAAACAAACAUAACCCUGUGAUGUAAACGGUGUUGUUUGAAAAAGUGAACCAUAGUUGGUAAAUGAAUCUGCCAGUACAAAACACACGUUACAUGUACAUUUUUCUAAUAUGUCACAAUAAUGAAAUAAAUAUGUAUAGUAAGUAAAGACAUAAAUACUAUUGGUGUUACCUGUGCAACAAAAAAAUCUAAUCUACAUAAACUGAAAAUAUGACUUCUGGCAUAGUCUUUCAUAUCCUCAUAUCUUUAAUAUAUGAGGAUCAAAUAAUGUCACUCAUUAUAUACAGCAUUUGGUGAGUAAUAGUGUUAAUUUUGUACUUGCAAAAAAUGUCAAAAAGCAACACAGGGGAAAAAAUGUGAGUCUAAUCCAGUGUGUUUUAUUUCCCAGUCCUGAACUUCAUUUGUUUUUGAUAUGUGUCAAUAUGAAUCUACUUCCUUUUAGCAAUUUACCAGGGUUUGGGGGAUUUACCUAAAGAAAUGUAAUCUUUAGUUUUAUUAGGUAAAUGACAAACUAAGUGAAAAAUGGGAAAGUUAAUUUAUUUGAUCACAGAAGUGCAUUUUUACUAAUAUUUAUUUAAAGCUAAAUACAGUCAGAGACUGAGACAAAAUGAAGUUAAAGUUCAGUUAAAAUGUAUUUAUCUAUUAUGAAUGAAUUUGCAUCUUCUACUACUUAAAGCGCAACAUUUAAAGCUAUACUAUAGAUUAAGGUACAAGAAGUAGCAACUGUUUUGACACAUUUAUACAAUAAAUCUGAGCCAAAACAACCCAAAAUUUAACAUAACAUCAUUUGAUCCGUAGAAUCUGUGAGUAUAAACUUUGAUUAUUUCACGCUGAGUUUGGUUGAAUCUGGCCCAGUUUUUAAAGGUGCGUUAUUUAAGACACUUGAGAGAAAAUAUAUGUGAUAUAUUCAAAAUAUGUUUCAUAGGUUUUGUAUUUGCAAAACAAAAAGCAUUAGCCUGAUGCUCAUGUUUAAUAUUUGCAAACCACACUGUUUGUUAAUGAAUCACAGGUUAUUUGUGAAAUGUGUUCCGUCUGUAGUUUUGGCAGGAAAUGAGCCCCGUACAUUUUGGUUUAUAUAUGCAGCUGUGAACCCAGGACAGGUAGUACUGUGCGAGGCAGUGUUGAAAGUGUAUAAUGACAUUCCUCUGAUGUGAGAUUAGAGCCUAAAAUGGGGCAGGCUUGUACCCAUACAUGAUUUAUCUCCUCAGCUCAUAAGGAGCAAAAGAAAAAGGAGACGCAUUGCUUAUACUGUAUCUGACAGAGCUAGUCGCUAGUUAGAGAAGUAGCUGCUACCAGGCACCAUUUCACCUUGAAAUUAAAUUUAUUUUGGAUUUUUUAUUUUUCUAUGGAAGAUAAAGACACGCACAGACAUAAGCUGAGGUAGCUUGCAUUCUCUCCAGUGUAUUGCAAAUAUUGAAAUAAAGCUAAAAUACAUUUUUAAUAUUUUCAGUUGUACAUGAGGUACUGUCAUUUUAUAUUUGAGCAUUUUAUAUCAAAUGUAUUUAUGGUUCUUGUGUAUAUUUAUAUUAUAUAAAAAUAUACUGCUAAAUAAAGAGAAAGAAUCGGAAAACGACGAUUCAUUUAUUCAUUGCACAUUUAUUUAUUUAUUUAUUUAACACUAGUCACAGUUAUUUCUCACAUAACGUUAGCGAGUCUCCUUACCACUAAUCACACUGUUUGUCAUUUGCAACUUGAAAGACACUAAAACACUAGAUUUUUAUUUAUUUAUUUAUUUAUUUUUUGUUAUUCUCGUUUGUCUGUUCAGCCGCUCUUUGCUUCUUUUUGUUUUUUGUGGUUGUGGGGGCAAUGUGCGCUUUAAAUUAAACCACCGAGCUACCUGAUUCAGGGGGCGGGGCUUAGCAGAUCAUGAUGCCAUCAUGAUGAUACACAGAUUAGCUGGGUUCACCUCAUGUUAGGGGCGACAUUAAGAGAUUGCAUUCAUUUUAUUGUUAAAAUGAUGUCAUUCCAGUCUCUUCUUGCUGACACUAAUAUCCUUUCUAUCUUUUUUUUCUGUUUGUUUU